AAAAAAAAAAAAAAAAAGUUAGAGAGUAGGAGAGAAGUUGAGGGCGCCAUACAGACGACACACCAGUUGGCAGUCACCCCUAAAUGUUCUCUGGGGGUGGAUGAGACAGUUCCACCCCUCUUUAAUUUCUUGUUCAGUCUACGCGUCCUUUUAUUAUAUCUCUUGGUUUAUAAAUUAUAUAUCCUUUCAUCAAUGCAAAUCUUAUUUUUCAUAAGUAUUUUUUUUUUGUAUUUUAAAUAAAUAUAAAUAAUUGUGUAAUUCAUCAGUGUUUAUCUCGAGUAAAAGUGCAUAAAUAGAUAAUUAAAUUUUUCGUUGUAAAUAAAUUAGAUAAAUAUUUAUAAUAGUGAAAUAUAAUGUUUAUAUAUUUUAUUAAUAAUAUUAAUAAUAUGAUGUAUUUUUUGUGCAAUAAUUAUUAUAUUCAUGCGCGUGAUGAUAUUUCCUUGGCCUGUUAUUUUCAAUGCUGAUGAAAAAAAAAAAUAUAAAAAAUUAAUAUGUCCCUGCAGGUUUAAGCCUUCUAAUUAAAUACCAUCAUUAAUGUUGAUUAAUUAUUGUCUUUUAUCAUAUUAUUAAAAUUCAACUUUUUUUAAAAAGUAUAAUUAGUUUGUAUAGUUAAUUUUUUUAAUAUAACAAAAUGAAUCGAGAUAGUGAAGAACAGCGACCAAUACCACAAACACUUUGUGGUGCAUUACAAAAAGAAGCAAAUUGCAAAUGUUUGGUACUUUCAGUUUUAAUUUACGGAUGUCUUGCUGCUGUAACAUGGUGCAGAUGUGCCUAUGUACCAAAGGUUUUUAUAAAUUAUUCAAAGUUCCCGCUGAGGACAACGAGGCACGUGUCACCAUGCGAUGACGGUUACAUCUAUAUACCAGUUGCAUUUAUGGGAAUGCUUUAUUUAGUUUAUCUUGUUGAAUGUUAUCACUCACCAAUUAGAUUAGAUUUACAUAAUGGUGAAAGUCAAGAAAGUGUAUUAACAAAAUUAACACAAUUACGUCUUGUACAACCGACAAUUUGGUGGAAAGCAGUAUCAUAUCAUUAUGUACGUAGAAAACGUCAAGUAACACGUUAUAGAAAUGGUGACAAUUACACAACAACACAGGUGUAUUAUGAAAGAGUCAAUACCCAUGCAGCAACAUCACUUUAUUUUUAUGAUUAUUGUGGUGUCAAGGACAUAAGCAAGAACCUGACAAUGGAUUCAAAUUUACCAAUAACUAAAAUAACACUUAGCAAAGGUUUUGCAUUUUCAAACAUGCGAUCUGCCACUGAAUUUGAAGAAGCAAGGUCAAGAUUUUUUGCUGAACAGGAACUACGAGAUGAUUAUAUGGAAAUGAGGGAGGGUCUUGACCUUGGUUAUAAUUUUAAUUCAUCGACCAGUCUUGUUGCUGUACUUGGUAAACCAUGGUUUACAAAUUCAUAUGUCUAUUGGUUAUUGAGUGCAUUAUUACUAAGUUGGCCAUUGAGAAUAAUUAUUGAAUGUAAUACACAAUAUGCUGAUUAUCAAAUAACAAAAUUAUUUGGUGUUAAUUAUGAUACACCAACAAGUGGUGAUCCAAUUCAUGCAUCAUGUGGUGAAUUAAGUGCACCUGGAUCAUAUAUGCUUGCACCAAGUUACAGUGAGGCAUUACUUAUGGAACCAGCUGGUGGUAAUACAGCAAUUAAUCAAUUGAAUAAUAAUAAUAAUAACAAUGAAAUGAUUGUACCAAGUUAUUCAGAAGCAUUAUUAUAUGAACAUGCAAAUGGUCAUCAAAAUAAUUUACAAAAUAUUGCUUGUACUGUUGGUCGUAGUAUAACAAAUGAAAGUAUAUUUGCUGUUGUUGAAGCACAAUCAUCAAAUUGUGAUUGUCCAUGUCAUAAUAAACAUAAUAAUAAUAAUAAUGAUGAUGAUAAUGAUAAUGAUCAUUGUAUUAGUUCAAGAACAAUUGUUGAACAAUCACCUGAUGCAAUUAGUAGUUUAUGUAAUGUAUGCAGUAGUUCUUCCAAUUUAACAAAUGAUUAUAAUCAUCAACAACAUCAUCAUCGUGGUGGUAAUUCAAUUUUAUUAGCAAGAGAUAUAUCUGAGCCAAAUUUAAAAACAAAUUCAGCUGAUUUAAUGCGUGGUAUGAGUCUUCAAUUUUUAAGAAAAAAUGGUAGAAGUUUAGAGAAUAUUAUGGAGAAUGAUGAGACAACUGUAAAUGUUUGUGAUGAAAUUUUUGGUGAACGACAAAUGGGAGCAAUUCCAAAAAAUAAUUAUGCAUCAAGACCAAAUAGUUUAAUUAAUUCAAUUGGUGGUAUGUCAAGAAAAAAAAUACCACAAUCAAAAACAUAUUUGUGUCUCAAAGCAAUUCUCAAACAAAAUAAAAGGAGAUAUACUCUUGUUACAACUGAUGAAUUAAAAAAUUAUGUUGCCAAUGAUAAUGAUGAUUCUAUAAUUCACUUGAGGGACAAUUCAUCCAAACAAAAACAAAGGGAAACUUUAAAUAGAACACUUAUAUUUGCAAGUCCAAUCCAAGAAAUUUGCCGACCUAAUGAUGCUUUUGUUGAAACAAAAGUUACAAAUAAUCUUCCAAAUGACGAAGAAGAAGAAGAAGCUGAACCAACAACAUCAUCAACAAACAAACAUAGAAUAAAAUAUGAUAGAAAUCAACAACAAACACACAAUGUUGAGCCUGAGUAUUUACAAACAUUUAUAACAAAUAAAGGCACACAACAAAAUGAAACACGAUGUUUAAUAACAACAAAUGUUCCAUGUGGUGGUUUGACAAGAUCACAAACAGAAAGAAGACCAAAACCACCGACAAAAAUUGAUAAAACUCAACGACAUAGUUUUACAGAUGAAAGAACACAAUUUGGUCAUGCAAAACGUAUGAAUUUCAAUAUGGAAACGUCUUUGUAAAACACAGAAAAACUAAAUGAAAUUUUAAUAUUUAAUUUACUGCUUCUUCAAGAUAAAAUUCUUCCCGAAAUAUAAAAAAAUAAUAAUAAACAAAAUAUGCCUUUAAAAUCAAAUGACGCACGAACUGUUGUUUUUAAAUUACAAUUUUACAAAAAAAAAAAAAUUAUAAUUUGCAACAGUAUAAAAAAUAUAAAAUUGUCUGAAUAAUUUACUUUUGUAAAUUGACAAUUUUCUCAAAAAGAGAAAAAUAAAAUUAGCUCAAGUAUUAAAUUUAUAAACGUAUUAAUAAAAAAAAAAAAAAAAAAAAUGAAAGUUACAGUCAUAUUUAUAUUUCCAAUAAAAAAAAUAAAAUAAAAAAAAUUAGUCCAAGUUGCCAGUGGGUACAAGAUGAUAAUAUUAUACAAAUAUAUAUUUAUUGUACUUUUACUUUUAAAAUGCUUAUAAGUGUAUUUUCGAAAUUAAAAAAAAAUAUUUAAAUAAUAUAAUAUGUAUUGUGAAUGAUAAGCACUCGAAAAAUGUAUAAUUAAGACGCAAAAAAAUAAUAAUAAUAUUUGUAUUCCUACUGUCAAUUUAAGCAGCUUAUGACAUAAUGCAAUUGUUGUAAUUUUUUCAUAAAAUAGGAGCUCUUAAAUAUGUGAUAUGCUGAAUUAAUAUUUCAUUUAAAUAUUAAUUAUUAUUAUUAAUGAUUAAUAAUGCGACUGGUAAUAUGUUCAACCACUUUGAAGUUGUUGAAACAAUAUAAUAGAAUUUAAAAAAAAAAAAAACAAAUUUGCGCUUGAACAAUGAAGUCUUUCCAAACUGCCAGAUAGUUUUUUAAUAUUUAUAAUAUUUAUGUUUACAUAGGCAUCAGGGAAAUAACAAAUUUGAAAAAUUAAUUAAACAGCAAAUUUUUUUUUUUAUAAAAUUACUUUAAGGAUUUAAGGGCAAUCCUAAAAAUUACUAUUAUUAUUUUUCCAUUGCACUUAUUUGCCGAUAGAAAUUUUUUAAUUGAUAGCAUUCAUCUUAGCAAUUAACAUGGUCUACGUGUGGACAAUCCAUUUAAUAAUAAUAAUUCUAAAGCCAAGCGAUAGAAUUUAUAUACAAAAAAAAAAAAUUUAGAAAACGGAAUAAUAAUCGACGAAAUAAAUUAUUAAUCAUCACAUAAACUUAUGCCGUCUUCAUAAAGUGCUCUUGUAACGAAAAAAAAAAAAAAAAGACAAAAGUCGAGUGUAUUGAUUAAAAAUGCUUCGGUGAUAAUUUAAUUAAUAAUAAAAAAUUAUAAAUUAAGCUGAGAUAAUAGUUAAUUAAUAAAAUGGACAGUGAUGAAGGUAUUCAAUGCCGAGGGCCAAAAAUUAACAGAUUUAAAUAAUUUAAACUCAUUUAUAUAUUAUAUAUAUAUACUUAUGUAUUAAUUAAUUAAUUAAUUAUCAACAUUACUGGGCAUUACUGCAGUAUGAAAUAAUGAUUACAAUAAAUGUCAUUCAUUAGCAAAGCAACAUGAUCUUUUUCAUUUUUUUUUUCAAUGAAAAAUUAAUAAGAUAAUUUUGAUUUGAAAGAAAAAAAAAGAAAUUGUUUAAAUAUUGUUUAAUUAUAAAUGUUUUCGUUUAAGUUACGUAAAUUUUAUUAUUAGAAAACUUUUUCGUUUUGUUUAAUUUGACAUUUAAGUUUUUUUUUUUUUUUUUUUUUCAUCAAUUUUUUUGACACUUAAAGAACAUUGAUUGACACUUUAUUACAAAUAUGGUUUUUUUUUUCUCUGUCGUUUAAAAAAUAUUUUUGACAUUAAAAUAAACACAUAGCAAAUAAUUAUUAUGUUAAUAAAAUAUGAGACAUUGUUUAAAUUUGUACUCUGUACGAUGCCUGUUAAUGAUAAA